UUUUUUAGCGUGGGGCUUGAACGAUUUUUCGCGAAAGACGAUGUUUUCAGCUCAGUCACCUCGUGUAGAUUUACAAAUAAUUUUUAUGGAAAACAAUCCCGACAUUUUCGCCGCAUUACGUUUUUUUCAGGGGUGCUCUCCGACUGCUCGAAUGUGUGACGUUAUAAUCUGAACCACCGUGUGGGAUGUAUUUCUCUCUCCAGUGGGGUGAGGUGAGGUUAUUCAUGUGUGGAAAUUGUUUUUAGGAUGGGAUACUCCGUUUUCUCACCAUGCAAGUUCUCCUGAUCCAGUUGAUUAGGCUCAUCUCUGCGUCCAUCAAAGCUCAGCGGUUUCGGAAGCUCACUGAGUCUACGUACUCGGUUCACAAGUCGCACUAUUUCGUGGUUAGAAACACCGUGCAAGUUAUGAGUCAAAGCAAUCCUCAUGGUCUCAGUAUUUUACGGAUCUCACUAUUUUCGCUCAUUGUUCACCUCGUUUCACCAGUCACAAUGGCAGGGGACGCUGAAAAAACCUCGAUGACGUGUUUUCACCUUAGGGGUGGAAUAAUUUGGUGUCCUAAAUCUCUCAAGGGCUCGAUCGAACAAUGGGCCGCCCUCAUCGAUGACGCAGCUGAUUAUGGAACACACUCUAAGAUCACCACUGAAUUCUUUCAAAUCGAGAAGGCUGGACUUUCAGCUCAGCGAAGUUCAAUAUCAUACCCAAAAAAGGGCGGCAAUCAUUUGUCAACAAAUCCUCCAUCGUCUCAAAGCAGUCAUCCUGAAAAUAGUGGACCGCUGAUCUGCGUGACGCACAAAGAAAACUCAGACAUUUCCAACUUCGGAGCAGAUUUACCAGAGCCUCUUGAUCUCGGGUCGAAUAAAGAUGAGGAACCACAAAAUCAGCAACUCCAAGUUAGAGACAAUAGAGUCCAACGGCAAAUUUCCAGCCCUCGAGUUUCGUUUUCAGGUCCAAGUCCAAGUUCAAGUUCAAGUUCAAGUUCAAGUUCAGGUUCAAGUUCAAGAUCAAGUUCAAGUUCAGGUUCAUUUUCAAGUCCAGGUUCAGGUUCAAGUUCAAGAUCUAGUGGUGGUUACAGCGUGGUCAAGAAUACUAGGAGGAAACGCCCUCUGCCCGGUAAAAAACGCCAAAAGUCCAUGACCACACACGUGCGUAAUUUGGUGAGUGGUAUUAAAAAAGGAUCUGCGUGGCUCCUUCGUAAGACGCCUUUACAAUCCUUAGCAAGGACAAAGAAGGACACAUCAGCGCUUCAGUCGAAAAAUAAUGUCAGCAGACAGGUCCAGCCCCGUGAGAGAGGCGAUUCAUCAGCGGGCACGGCCGAGACGUCGCCUGACCGCUCGAGGUCGCUUUCCCCGUCACCGCAACAGCCUCCCGGGCCUCGUCCCUCACCACAAGGUCAGAAACCUCUGAAGCCGCGGGUAACACUGACAGAAGCCAUGAAGGCCCGGAUCUUCCGCCUGGCGGCCACGCUCUUCCCCUCGUUCAGCCACUCGACGAAGGACGACCCCGCGGAGGUUACGGACAAGCCCGAAGAGGAUGACGACGACGCGCAGUCGUCUAUGACCGACUCCACUGACCUCGUCGACGGCGCCCGCCCGUACGACUGGGACCUGUCGGCCUCGGAGCACCUGAAACCGCAUAACAACAGGGUCGUCAAGAGGAAAGAGGAAAAAAGGCGUAACGACGACGACACGCCCACAAUGCCCGUCACGGGCUGGAGCCGCAAGCCCCUCAACGCCCAAGACCUUGCCUUGCGCCUUGCGCCCCUCGCGCAGCUCCAGAAUGCAGGCUACGAGCUCCGCAAGCCCCCGCGCAAGUAUAAGUAUGACUACCUUGAAAAAGGGAAAGGUUGAAUUUUGUGGCAAGAGUUCGAAACGCUUACUUAACUCAAGUUUAAUUCACUCAGGUCUUGUGGGUAAAUCUGAAGGUCCAAUUCAGGGUCCCGCGGAGAAAGGUUUCAAGCCCGUGUGAGAGGAGGAAGGAAACGGAAAGGGGAAGGAAAAUAAAAAGAAGAAGAAAAAAGAGAAAAGGAUGCAGAAAA